UCUCCCUAGUCUGUAGGCACGUCCUUCUGUUACGGACUGCAUGCACCUGCGUGUGCCCCUGCUAUCCCUUCUGUUACGGACUGCAUGCACCUGCGUGUGCCCCUGCUACCGCUGCGCUCUCUCCCUCUCUCUUCUACUUAUGUAACAGUUCAGAUCAGAUGUAAUACAAGAGAUAUACGAGAGAGUUGACCCAUCUAUCUUGGUAAUCAGAGCCAUGUCCGGCACAGCGGCUAGCACCGCGCCGGCAAUGUCUUCGCCUACCCUCCCUCCCGCCUCCUACGACACCUCGCCGGCGCUUCACUCCACUGCCGCCGGCGCCAUCACUUCCUUCGCCCCUCCCAUGGUUUCUCUCCCUCCCCUCACAGUUCACAACUGCAACAUCUCCUCCUACAUCCGCUUCUUUCUUGACCCUGCCCAAAACAAUUACCACCGCUGGAGGACGAUCUUCCGGUCUGUCGCCGCCAAGUAUAAUGGGCUCGCUCACAUCGACGAGAGCGCCAACCGCGACACCACCGAUCCCGAAUGGCGCCGGGCGGACAUCUCCGUCCUCCUGUGGUUUCAUGCCACUGUCGUCGACACCCUCCUCGACGUCGUCAUGCCCGAUGACGCCACCGCCCUCGACGUCUGGACGCGCAUCGAGCGCUACUUCCUCGCCAACCGCGCCUCUCGCGGGAUCCAUCUCCGUCGGCAGUUCAACAACCAACAGCAGGGCGACAUGUCCAUCGCCGAGUACACUCGCCAACUUAAGACCCUCGCCACCGCCAUCGGCGACUGUGGUAAGCGCCUGUCCGAUGAUGAUCUCACCACGCAGCUUCUUCAUGGCCUUGCCAAGCCGUUCCACGCCAUCGGCGACAACAUCGGCGACACGGUGCCCCUCCCCGACUUCGAGACCGCCGUCUCUCGGCUCUCUGCGGCCGAGGAGAAGAUGCAGCAAUGGGCCCUGCUUGAGGGCACCUCGGCCCUUGUCAUCCAUGGUGGACUAGGCGACUCCUCUUCCUCGACUGGUGCUCGCAGCAUCAACCCCUCCGGUGGUGCUCGCGGCGUCCCCGGCGACUCCUCUGGACAUGGCGGCCCUGAUUCCUCUGCUGGUUCCGUGCCCGGCGGCAGCCAGGGCUCUGCUGGCCCCGGUGGAGGAGGCCAAGGUGGCGGCGGCCAAGGCGGCGGUGGGCAAGGCACCGGCGGCUACGGGCGUGGCCGCGGCCGAGGGCGCGGUCGCGGCGACAGCGGGCGUGCACCGCCCCAGCCUGCUGCCAUCACUCCAUGGAUGGGCUAUUUUGCGCCCUAUGGGGCGGCUCUACCUCGCCCGGCGUGGGUGCCACCGAACGCCGCUGGUGUGCUCGGCCCUCGUACCGCCGCUCCCACGCAGGCGUAUCCGGUUAUGUACUCCGGCCCGACGCCCUUCCCUGCUGCUGCACCUGCCCCUGGAUCGGGGUCCUACACCACGCUCGGGCCCUUUGCUGCUGCCCCGUAUGCGACUCCUGGAUCGGCAAACUACCCCACGCCGGCGCCCUUUCCUGCUGCUCCAACACUGCUGCCGGGGCCCUCUAGCUGGGAUCAGCAGGCCUUGUUUCACCAGGCCUACAGCAACGUCGCGACCCAACACCCCAACAGCGCCACCGACUGGAUAAUGGAUUCAGGCGCCUCUUCACACGUCACAGGAUCUCGCCAGCAGGACGGUUCUCAUGCGCUCCAAUAGCCCAGGUCCACUCUACCCCUUCCAUGGUGAUUCGGAGCACACCACGAUGGCUCUCUCCGUUGCGGUCGACGGCGAUACCUGGCACAAACGGCUUGGUCACCCCGGCCACGCUACUCUCUCACGUCUUUCUCGUGAUUUUAUUCAACUUUGUAAUAAACCGGCC